UCAAAACAUUGGCUGGUGUUACGACAACAGUCAAGUAUCCCCGUCGCCAAAAUGUUUGACUACACCAAUCUGCACGAGGUAUUUGCGGAGGGUCUUGCGAACCCGUACGAUCGCGAGACCCAGCGAGACAUUGAACACUCGCGCAAGGAAUUUGAUGGCGCUCUCUUCAUUGAUCGAGUCCUACGGGCCGUGGGCAUAACAAAGGCCAAGAUCUACCCUCCCAAGACCGACAACGCGUUGAAGCAAUUGCAUCAGCAAAUCUGUGAAUCCACCAUGUCAAUGCAGCACAAGUUCUCGAUCUUUUACUACAUCCUCCUCGAUUUCGACCUAACAGCAGGCCGCGAGAGCGUCUCUGAUGCAUUCGUGGAUGCGUCUGGUAUGCCCAAGAAAUACCAAAUCUUCAUGAAGGGCCUGUGGUAUCUGGAUCGUCAGGAAUACUCGCGAGCGCUCGAGUACAUUUCACAUCCUUCUCUGAUCCCCGACUUUGCCGACAAUAUUAUGACCGUGCUCGUCCAAUCAGCUCAGGAUGGCGAUUACAGCAUUGCGCUGUCAUACUUUUACACCGUGCAGCCCAAAUUGAAGACCUCAGCUGCUCUUGAGCUUCUCUUCGGCGCGAUGGCGAAAACCAACAUCUCAGAAGCGCUGUUCUACUCCCGAACCCGAUCUCCACACACUCGCGAGAUGCUCUUCCGUCAAUUGAUCGCCUCUGUCUUGGAUAGUCCACACGACGAGCUUUCCGAGCGCGCUAGCCAACUUACCUUUUUGCCCUUUGACAAAUCUGAGGAGGCCUGGUUUGAGGAGUACCUUCUCCACGGCAAUGGAAAGACGCAUAAGAAGGCAAAGGAUACCCUUGUCAUGCGCAAGAUUGCGUGCGAUCAGUUCUCGGAUGUCACAAAGAUUCGACACGGUGGUCAGUGGUCUGGAAUUCUGGAGGGUAUCAAGGGUGGAAUUAAUGGACAUGCUGAAUAAAGAGCUAUUGACAUUGCGUCAUGUUCUUGAUGGUCAUGCAUAGCGUAGGCGUUUACUGGUCAUUUUUGUCAUUUUAGAAUGUUCGAGACUUGGUAUAAAUGAGUUCAGCCGCAGUCUGACGGUAUACUCCCAGUGAGGAUACGAUCAUAAUGACCUUGAAAUCCGCCGGUAUUACCAUGUUCGUUUACUAUUACCCAACAUAUGGACGUUUUCAGAAGGCAGAUUUGCAUG